GCGGCUGGACGGGACGGGCAGCUGGGGCGGCCGGGCAGCGCCAUGGCCUCCGGGGUGGCCGCGCGCCGCGACGCCAAGAAGCUGGUGCGCUCGCCCAGCGGGCUGCGCAUGGUGCCCGAGCACCGCGCCCUCGGGAGCCCGUUCGUCCUGGAGGAGCCGCCGUGGGUCCCGGACAAGGAGUGCCCACGAUGCAUGCAGUGCGACAUCAAGUUUGACUUCAUCACCAGGAAGCACCACUGCCGUCGCUGCGGGAGGUGCUUCUGUGACAGGUGCUGCAGCCAGAAGGUGCCGCUGCGCCGCAUGUGCUUCGUGGACCCCGUGCGGCAGUGCGCGGCCUGCGCCCUGGUCUCCCACAGGGAGGCCGAGUUCUACGACAAGCAGCUCAAGGUGCUGCUGAGCGGAGCCACCUUCCUGGUCACUUUUGGAAACUCAGAGAAGCCGGAAACCAUGGUCUGUCGUCUGUCCAGCAACCAGAGGUACCUGCUGCUGGACGGGGACAGCCACCGUGAGGUUGAGAUUGCACACGUGUCCACCGUGCGGACCCUCGCUGAAGGCUUCCCCCCAGGAGCCAGCGCACGGGCCACAGGCAUGUCCCUGCAGUACACGGUGCCAGGAGAGGCGUGUGUGACCCAGCUGACGCUGAUGGCAGGGGAGGACUCGAGUGCCAGCAGGAGGCAGGCAGUGGCCUGGCUGGCAGCCAUGCACAAGGCCGCCAAACUACUGCAUGAGUCCCGGGAGCAGUGACCCCGACGUGAGCCAAGCCUGCACUCCGGGGUGACACGAGCCGCAGCCUCCUGGGCGGGACCACAGGGCUGCGCCGGCUGCCCCAGGAGUCAGUGUGCUCCCAGGGUUCCAAGGAGGCUCCAGCCCGAGCAGUGUCCACACGGGCCACUGCUGCCUCGCUCCAGAAGCGGCGUCAGCUUCCUCCUCCCCACACACUGUGUCCUGUGUGUGGUGCUUUACCAUUAAAUCCAUUUGCAAAGCCCG